AUGCGAGUCUCUGAGCUGGAGCAUAGUGCUGGAUACUUGCAAACCAAUCCACAUUCCGUUCAACCUUGGAAAAUGGGAUAUUUGCAGUCCCACUUAACUAUCACUACUCCAUCUCAAACACUCUUACCUUCUACCGACAAGGUGACCACCACCUACCAAAAGCAAUACACCGACAUGACUCCAUUCAUCAAGAAGAUCGUCAAGAACCACGCUCGUGUGCUCGUCUACUACGGUGACACCGACAUGGCAUGCAACUUCAUGAUGGGACAACAGUUCGCCGAUCAGUUGGGACUUCGUAGAACAUUGAAGAAGACUCCAUGGAAGUUCGACAGACAAAUCGCUGGAUUCAAGACAGUCUUCGAUGGGCUCAGCUUCAUAACUAUCCGCGGAGCCGAACAUAUGGCGCCACAAUGGAGAGUACCACAGAUGUAUUACGCUGUUCAACAAUUCUUGCUCAAUCAUCCACUUUAA